AGAGGGUCCGGGCGGCCGGGAGGCAGUGUGCCGGUGGUGCGGUGUGGAGCACAGGCCGGGUCCGCGGGAACGAGCGCCCCGCGGAGCUACUGCUGCCAGACCAGCCCUGGGCCCCCAUGUCCACCCCGCCGCGCUCUCAGGCACCGAGAACUACAGCUCCCGGCAUGCCGUGAACGUGACGGGCGAGGCGCUGAGGCGGGGUCGGGCCCUCCUCCCGCCCGCCCCGCACUCCACACCUGCUCCCGCCGCUCUCCCGGCCGCGCGCGGAGCGGGGACGCGAGCCAUGGAGAAGACGUCUCCCCCGCUGCUGGGCUGCAACAAGCCGCACCUGGAGAAGCUGACCCUCGGCAUCACCCGCAUUCUAGAAUCUUCCCCAGGUGUGACAGAGGUGACCAUCAUAGAAAAAGCGCCGGCCGAACGUCAUAUGAUUUCUUCAUGGGAACAAAAGAAUAACUGUAUGAUGCCUGAGGAUGUGAAGAACUUUUACCUGAUGACCAAUGGCUUCCACAUGACAUGGAGUGUGAAGCUGGAUGAGCACACUAUUCCACUGGGAAACAUGGCAAUUAAUAGCAUCUCAAAACUGACUCAGCUCAACCAGUCUUCCAUGUAUUCACUUCCUAAUGCACCAACUCUGGCAGACCUGGAGGAUGAUACACAUGAAGCCAGUGAGGACCAGCCAGAGAAGCCUCACUUUGACUCUCGUAGUGUGAUAUUUGAGCUGGAUUCGUGCAAUGGGAAUGGGAAGGUUUGUCUUGUCUACAAAAGUGGGAAACCAGCAUUAGCACAAGACACUGAGAUCUGGUUCCUGGACAGAGCAUUAUACUGGCAUUUUCUCACAGAUACCUUUACCGCCUAUUAUCGCCUGCUCAUCACCCACCUGGGCCUGCCCCAAUGGCAGUAUGCCUUCACCAGCUAUGGUAUUAGCCCACAGGCCAAGCAAUGGUUCAACAUGUAUAAGCCCAUCACCUACAACACAAACCUGCUCACAGAAGAGACUGACUCCUUUGUGAAUAAGCUGGAUCCAAGCAAAGUGUUUAAGAGCAAGAACAAGAUCUUAGUACCCAAAAAGAAAGCACCUGUACAGCCCGCAGGUGCCCAGAAAGGGCCCUCUGGUUCCUCCACUUCUAAACCUUCUGGAUCUGGAAACCCUGUCCGGAAAUGAGUACCCCUUUUUCCAUCUUUUCAUCAACUGAACAACGGCAGUUUCCAUGCACAGAUGGCCCAAGGGGUGGCCCCAACCUCAAAUUCUGUGUGUGAUGGACCCAUAGGUUUCUUACCAUUCCCAUCUAAGUGGCCAAAAUCCUAGGCCACUGGAUUAGCCAGGAGUUGGAAGAACACACUGUGUGAGUACCACACAGCUAUGUGGUACUGUCCCAUCUCCGGAAGCAAUGGAGGAGUUUUGGGUCUUAUUUAAGGGGCCAGUCUGGUAAGAGCUUGCCUCUGUUUCUGUACCCGCCCCUCAAUCCCAUAACAGUGAUUAGAGAAGUCCCCCAUCUCCAAAGAAACCACUGGUUUUGACUCAUGAGACAUUAGAACUUUGCUAUUCAAUCUGAAGCCACUAGUCACUGUGGUUAUUUAAAUUAUAUGAAAAAUCAGUUUCUUCAGUUGUAUUAGCUACAUUUCAAGUAUUCAUGGUGUUAGUAGAUUGUUUUAGCUCAAACGUACAGAACAUUUCUGUCAUAGAAAGUUAGCACUGUAUUAGAACAUUUUCAUACUAUGUUCUUUAUAUCCUUUACUACAAACAAAUCUCACUCUGCUCAUUUAUUUUGCAGUUUUCCAUAAAGUUUUUCUUCCUUACCCA